AUGAUCUGGCUUGGACUGUUCUUUACACCUUUGCUACCAGCUCUGAAUAACAUCAAGCUUGUUAUACUUAUGUAUAUCCGUGGAUGGGCUGUCAUGACUUGCAAUGUGCCGGCAAGAGAAAUUUUUCGAGCCAGUAGGUCGAGCAAUUUUUACCUCUUAAUCCUGCUUCUGUGGCUGCUCCUCUGCACCUUACCCGUUGGUUAUGUCAUUGCAUCGACGAGGCCAUCCAGGAAGUGCGGACCUUUUGCGCAACAUGAUCAUUUCUACACUGUGAUUACCAAAGAGAUUGAGAAAAGAGUGCCGCCAACAUAUCUAGGUUACAUCCGACAUGUUGCAUCUCCCGGACUUGUUAUACCAAUUCUCCUGUUUUUGAUGUGAGU